AUGUCUGGGGGCUUUUUAACCACUCUUAAAUACGGUUCACUAACUCUGGGAGGGUUAUCAGCAUUUGCUCCAUACUUGAAUAGACAUUGGAGAGUGAAUUCGUCCCUAUUGAGGCCAUUACUUAACGUAUCUUGGGGGUAUCUUUUCGGUUCACACCUCUGGGAACUCUUCUCCAAUUCACUUCAAUCCAAAGAUAAUGAAAAAACUGGUGAUAAAAAAGUUGAGGUAUUGGAAUCGGAUGGAUUUUUUUUGUUGGCAGUUUUGGGUAAUAGUUUGGUGCUGAUAACGACGUUUGGAUUGGCGCCUUCGUUCAAGAAAUUACAGUGGUGUGCAUACGCAUCUUUGCUCUCGACUCUUACCAAUUACUUCCUAGUCUACCCAAACGUGAACGGAAAGUCGGAGUUCUUUGUCUUCAGAAUGGUCAAACCGAAAACUCUCUCAAGACUACUACUCUUCACCACUCUUUCAACACUUUUACUCUAUACUGUUUCUUAA